UCGCGGGUUCUCCGCGCGUCCCUUUCCUGGCAGGGUUUAGUCCAUGGUUUUCCCGUGAGGCUCCUUAUUGCCUGGAGUCAGACCGUAGGAGCCCAUGGAGGGAAAGCAGGAUAAGCAGCAACAGCAUAAAAUAGAAGAUGCUGGUAUACUGUAUGUAACUGAAAAAGAAGAAUUCAAACAUGAAAAAAAACCUGGAAAAAGUAUUCAACAUUCAAAACCAUGUGUUGGGAGAGGACGUGUAUAUUAUGCUAAAUUCAUUAACACAAAUGGUGACUGGUGGUCACAUGGUAAAGGACUGGAAGAUCCCUUCCAACCACCUUAUGACACUAAGAGCACCCAGAGGAGUGACUUUAAGAAGCCAACAUGUCCAUUGGUUUCUCCAGUCAAAUACAGCAAGUUGCAAAAGCCUUCUUACGGAAUAGUUCCACUUGUCUCUCCUGAUGCAUCAGCAGAACUUCAAAGGAACUUUAGAGAAUGCAUCUCUUUUAUACAUCAAUAUGAUGCCAGAAAAACACCCAAUGAGCCCAUCCGGGGAAAGAGACAUGGAGUUUUUGUUCAGACAGAGAUAAAACCAGGGAGUAGGCCAACAGUUCCUGAGAGAACAGAGGUAUUACUGAAUACUUUAAGGUCAUGCUCAUCAGAACAGUCCAAAAAAACAGAGAAAGGAAACUCAGCGGAAGGCAAAAUGAUCUCACCCGGUCUCUGCCGACAAAAUUCCCAGGAGUUGUUAGAGACUAAAACUCACUUAUCAGAAACAGACAUCAGAGUGGCAGCCAAUGCCUCCCCCAGAAGUCCUGAGAGAAGGGAGAAGACUGCAGAAGUCUUUCAAAUAGCUGUAGUAAAUGCUCUUCUCACCAGGCAUGAUCCUUUAAGUCCACCAAUAAAAAGUCAAGAUAAAUCAGGAUAAAUUACCUUCUUCAGAAAAAAGCAUAAACCUUGGAAUGUAGAAAAAUUUCAGAAUCAUCAUACAGACCCUCACAUUUGUUUUUUCUUUGAUCAGUAACCUCAAAAAUUACAAUUUAUAUAAAAUGAGAAAAUGAAAAAGGGAUAAUAAAAUACACCAAAAAUUCAAGUGUGGUCUUCAAUGAAUGAUGGACAUGAGACAUAUUUCUAUGUCAUAUUUAUAAAUAUAACAACUUUGUUUUGCACAACAAUGGAUGUAAUUAACAAAUAUAUAACUCUUAGAGGAGAGGCCCUGUUAGACAGUCAUUAGUCAUGGCUUCAGAAUCAAACUGGGGUUAAAAUUUUGGUUCCAGCACAUAUAAGCAAUGUGACCUUGGAUAAAUUACUUAACCUCUCUAGAAGUCAGUUUUCUCAUCCAUAAAAUUAGGAUAAUAGCAACUUGAUAAGGCUAUUAAGCAUGAGAUCACGCACACUGAUCAGUGAUCAAUGUAACCACAUCAUCACUAUUACUGUAAAUAAAAUUUCAAUUUAAGGAUAACAUUCUCCCAUGUACUUGAAUUUUCCUCCUUAUUCUAAGAUUUUGAACCCUUUUAUACAGUUAAGAGUAUGAAAACUAAAAACAUUCCUCCGAGUACAAGAUACACAAACAUACCCACUUAAUUCAAAGGCAUGAGUACCUAGAAUAUCAAAAUAUUUCCUAAACUGAUUUCUAUUUUACUUAAAUUAUUUCUAGCACUAACUCACUCUUUGCC